UUUCCAGCUUCCACAUAGCUCAACUCCUCACAAAAAUGGAACUAAAUAUUAAUUCCCACAAAAAGCUCAGAAAAUUGCCUCACGUUUUCGGCAAAGUCUUGGAGCUGCCUUUCCGGUCGGACGCCGACGUGGCGGUGGAGGAGGGCCCCGAUUUCUUCCGAUUCGUCGUGAAGAGCAAGGCCGUCGUUGGCCGUGGCGGCGUGAGGGCUCACGCGGUGGAGAUUCAUCCCGGUGUGGUGAAGAUUGUGGUUAGGAAUGAUCAUCACAAGCUUAGUUGCGGCGUUGAGCUGUUCUUGGACAAGUUGGAGCUUGACACGUGGAGGUUCCGGCUGCCGUCGGCGGCUCUGCCGGAGCUGGCCACGGCGGCGUUCGCCGAGGGGAAGCUCGUCGUGACGGUGCCCAAGGGAGGUGACAAGAGACUCUUGCCUAAUGUGUAUAAGUCUCCAUUUCUUCCACACAACUUCAACGCUCGUAAAAUGGGGUUUGCAUGAAAAUUCUUGUUUUUAUUUUAAUGUGGAUUGCUUUUAAAUUUUGAAGAGAGAUCUUUAUAUAAGACUCCAACCACACAAAGGGUUUGUACUUUGUAACUAGUAUAUAUAACCCUAUACUAUAUCCUAUUUUAUAGGAAUUUUGGCAUGUAAAUAAUCCAAUUUUUCUCAAUUUUUUAUUUUGCAAUUCAACUUUAAAAUAUGCUUAUAAA